GCGUGCGUCAUCGCCCCGCCCUCCCUUCGCAGGUGAACAUAGAGGGGCGGACGGAAGUCAGGAGGUUAGUCGGGUCCUGUGAUGCUGCUAUGCUGCUGACAGAGUGGAAGCCGUGUUGGUAAAGCUGGCGCACCGGCUGCAGGCAGUGUGGGGCCACCGGAGGCUGGGCAGCUCAUGAUGAAGUUCGGCCCUCCGCAGUUAGAGUGCGAUUUCCAAGCCUUUGGCCGGCAGCAUGUUCUUCGGGAAGCCUUGCACACCCCGGGGUCUCGGUUAUACCACAGCCCGGACGGGAGGCACCUUUUCGUGCUGCUGCCUCACAAAGUGUUGUCAUUCCUCCGCUUGCCUUCCCAAGCCCCGCUCUCUCCCUCCGCCUACCUGGAGAAGUCCUGGGCUGCACACUCCCCUCCGCUGUCGGCGCUUCUCUUCCCGCAGUGUGUCCCGCACGGCUGGGCGCUUACCCUGCUCUGGCAGAACGGCCGAACGGAGAUAUGGAGUCCGCCCAGAAGCGCCCUCAGUAAGGGCUGGGAGUUGCUACAGUCGCUGGAUCUGUGCAACAGCCCCCGGGCUCGACUUGCGUCUGUGUGCAGCAAUGGGGAGAGCCUGGUGUGGUGCGAAGAGAGGCCCCCUUCCGAGGCAAAGCUACAGGGGCCCUCAGGGGCCAAAGCCUACCGGCACUGCAUCUGCCACAGGAGAUUAGUGUGGGAGGGGGAGCAGCAAGUCACCCUGGGAAGCAUGAACAUUCUCCUGCACCACUCUCCCUUCUUCCACUUGCUCUCUUCCCCCAAUCAUAUCUUCAUGGUACCCGAUGGCAACCUCAGGACUAAUGGGGCCAGGCUCCUACUGGUCUAUUCCCCUCAGGAUGAAAGGAUCAAUAUGGCCACCAUCACUAAGGGGCUCAUUCACAGCAAAAGUAUAUCUGAGUGUGAAUCAGACUUUAAGAAACUGGUGCUUGAAUGCCUUGGCUACAUGGCUAGUCAGAUACCUGUCGGCAUCAGGUCCUUUGCAGUGACAGGAUUGGGGGAGCUGCUGCUAAUGGAUGCACUCGGCGGGGUUCACUUGCUUCACCCAAAUGGGAUGGUGAGAUGCAUUUAUGUCUUUGAUUCCAUAACACUUACUCCAGAAGUCCGAGUCAGCAUGCAGAUUUAUGGGGCUACGCUGGUGUGUGCCUUUGACACGGUGCUGUACCUCAUUGAGUCUAAUACCGGAAAGCUAUUGGAGAAAAAAAUACUAAGCUCCGAUGAAGUUCGGCUAAUGAACCUCCCGGAAGUGGAUGAUAUUCAUCUCAUGACAAAGGCUGGGAUUUAUAAGGUUUCUUCUAUGAGCAGCGUAAUUGAGACUGGUAAAGUGGAGCAGGUCUUGCUGGAAAUGGUUUAUGAAGAAGCCUGCAAGUAUUAUCAGAGGAGAAGUUUGAGCAGUGCCAAACUGACAGUGCAAGAACUAAAGAAGGAGGGUAUGUUUCAAGCACCCAUAAUGCUCUCCUCUAUUUUCAGCAACUACCAUAGGGCAGAAAAGGCAAAAAGCAAAAAUUACGCAGACCACGUAAACACUAUGACGAAUGAACUACAGAGCUGCCUGAGCCUGGAGCAGCUGAAGGCUCAGAUUAUAAAUAUACCUGAGGACGUUACAGAAAAAUAUUGUGAGAAUUUGAUUGACCAAGAAAUUGUUCGUCUUCUUAACACAGAUUUAGACAGGGAGAACUUGAUUUACAUCAAUUUUCUUUUUAGUCUGUUUCCGAAGGCGGCGUGGAAGUCUGUUAAAGGCACUCUUCAGUUUCAUCAAAACGGUGAUGGGAGGUUUAUUGUGAGAGCCACCGUGGAUUUAUGGAAAAGGAUUUUGGGUCCGCUUUCUGCUGGAUCGAGGGAAAGUUCUCAAAAUGGGGUUAGCCCACUGUUUGAGGUCAUCUGUGAGUCCUUGUAUAGAUUCAAGCCCAAAUGGCUGCCUCUGUUUGUUCAGCAGGCCCAGGAUUGUUCUGGGCUCCCCUGGAGCAUGAGUAACAAAGAUAACUGUGAGGGUGUUCCAUUGUAUAAAAGAGCACUGGCUGUAGUAAGCAAGGGCAAGGCUAACACUACUGCAAAUGGGGACUGCGAUAUCGAAAUUGAUAUCUUGUUGUACAGUGGAAGGCCCCAAGCCAUCAUUCAGGCUAUCCAUAUGCUGAUCGAUCUCCAGCGCUGGGAGAGAGUUAUUACAGAAACCCAGAAGUUCUCGCAGCUGAGUCCAAUCAUUACAAAGGAUAUCUUCAUUACUCUCUUGACAGAAUUUGUCAGGCACAGACAUUUGGAUUCUUAUAUAACUCAGCUCUGUGACAUUUGCCCAGAGGAUAUGACCCCUACUGACAUGCUGCGCAUUAUUCUACAGAACAUGCCCGAUGAGCAGCAUCUGCCCUUCUCCUGUAACGGUGGGACACAAUUGACUGUCGGGUUGCUGAGGCCGUUGUUAAACAAAGUGAUCCAGAACCAAAAGGCGCAGCAUAUGAAACCCACAGCGUUGACUUUUUCUCCAUCUACCCCACCAGAGACAAGCCACUCUUUUGUUAAUGGGGAUGGUUUAUCGCCAGAAAUAUGCUCAGUGCCAGAUAUCUAUGCACCCGAUUCUUGGUAAAUAAUUGUACAGAAUGCACAUAGAACACAUAGCCUUUUUUUUUUUUCGAAGCACUUUUUAUGCCAUGGCAGGCUUUCAGUCCCUGCCGCCUUGCUUUUGUACGUCAGUAUUAUUUUGAAUUAUUUAAGCAUAUUAUUUCACAUCACAACUCUUUGGGACACUGUUGUGCAGUAACUUUUAAGUUUGGUGGUUUUUCCUGAAAAUUUAGUACUAAACACACUGGGUGAGAAUGGCGUCUCUGCCUAAAUGCAUAUAUUAUUUAAAGAUCCCCAUUCUGCCUUGUUUAGCCAGGGCGUUGCCCUUGUAGAUGUUUUGGAAAUAAACAGGGAUUUUGAAGUCUCCUGGCCAUACACACAACCGUCAGUAUUGUACGAAACCUUGCUUUGUACAAUAUUAGGUGCGUGUAUGGCGGCUCAACAAGGCGACCGAUAUUGCAAAAGGCUGUGGAUAUUGGUCGACUUGUUGAUUGGCAAGGUUAAAAGAUACGCCCGAGCAAAAUCUACGUUCAGGGCUGAAUCGCAGAAGGAGGUAGAAUUUCUAUUGUUUCUAUCUCCAUUUCUGACGAUUCAGCUCUGAAGGUCAGUGGAGGGCGACCAAUGGUUGUUACAUGUAUGGCCACCUUUAAUGUCACUUUCCCAAGAGCAUGGAUAAGAUGGGGUGGGGGGAAUUGCAUGCCACUUUUAUUUAAGUUUGUGCUUGCAGCUCCAGAUUGUACACACCAAUGUGAAGGCAGCCUUUAGACUGAGUCACCUAAAAUCUUACCAUUUGCCCCCAGUAAAGCAAGGUACUUGAGUGUCACCCAGUUGCCUGUCUGUUUCCAACUGGAUCUUAUCAGCAACAUUUGUGUGUUAAUUGUAAAAUCAAGUUCAAAUAGGCCAAAUAUUUACAUAAUUAGCUUAAUAGGUCAGAUGGUAACCAACUGAUGGGACUUCAUGGAUAUCAGCUUUGACAUCUAACAUCUACUUAUACCUUGCAGUUGCUCUGUUGUCAAGUACAGUGACAUCCUGGGGGAUGAUGUUUGCAAAGUGUCACAAGUGAGGGUCUCUUCAGCUGGUGGAAGAUGCCACUACUCUCCAUGACUGCCAGCUACUAAUGCUAUUAAUUACGGUGCAUCCACUCAUCGGUGCACACACGGCACACAUUCAAGACAAAACUCACCUAUGUGCUAUGGAUGCUACUGUAAUCAUUGGCAUUAGGCACUGGCAGUUGUGCUCUGCUGGAGAAAAUGCCACGUGUGACACCUUACAGCAGCAUUAACCUUCAGAGAUUUUCGUUCUCAUUGACCCCUGAAACAUAUCCUUUUGUUAUCAUGCACUUUUAAGAUAUUUCUGCAAUGUUGUAGUUUUUAAUUUAAAAUUUGGCAUUUGAAAUGUAGGGUAAAUAAAUGCUUUUAACAAAAACACA